CCUGCCGUCAAGCUAGCAGAUCAUUACGAGGCCAUGUACGGCGACGAAGCACCAGCACCAAAGACCUUUGUCACGGAGAAGGCCGAGCGAGACAGUACCACACUCCGGAACGGCCGUUUGAGGAUUAUCCAAGAUGGGAUCGUGAAUAGGUAUGCACAGGAUUGGCUGCGGCGCUGGAAGACCACCUAGAUCGCAGCGAGUGUUUGACGAGACGAUGAUAAUGUAGUUUGAACCUUAAUGUUGAGGCUGUUUAUACUUGUUAGCAUUUAUUGCACAUAUAUUGAAUACAACACAAUGAUACUAUUGUUUGAUUAUAGCUUGUGCUGAGCGGGGGACAUGUUGUCCGACCUCAACACCGUCAAAGCCUCGAUGAGGGAGACCCGUGAAUGGCUUGCACAGAACCAAGAACCAAUGAUAUUCAAUCCGGGUGCCACCCGCGUGGCUGAAGUACAGGGUUUUGCCAGUAACUCAAGGCGUUCGGCUUAUUGUUUCUGUGUAUUUUGUUUGGUGAUAUGUUCAGUUCAACUGUCUAUGCAACACAAAGUAUCCAGAACGACACAAAUUAAUACAUCUAAACAGAAUCAAGAACGGUCUACGGGGGACGAGGAGCAGUUUAAACGAGUGGAUAGAGCAAGACAUAUGUCAAGCGUCAAUUGAAU